GCAAAUGGUUGAAAACUGGUGGAAAUCUUUGGAUGCCUCUUCUCCUCUCUCUCUCUCUCUCUCUCUCUUAAAUUCUUGCUCUAGAUUUUCUCCUACGAUUUCUUCUUUCCAUCAAAUUCAAUGUAUAAACCUCUAGGGUUGGCUUCCCCAUUUCUUUUUCUACACUCGCCGAAGAAUAUAUAACUAUAUCUCGUUUCGUUGCUUAAUCCAUCACAUUGACUGAUCUGCGUUGAAUUGCACGGCGCGUAAUGAUGAUUCCAGAUUCUUGCGUUCAUGAUUCGUCGAUGGAGAAUGGAUCAAUUGAAACGCCAUGCACGCCGGAGGAAGAGAGGAGGAUCAUUGAGGAAUUGACCGACAAAGCUGAGGCUAAUUUGCGAGAGGGAAAUUUGUAUUACGUCGUAUCCAGCAGGUGGUUUAUGGCAUGGCAAAGGUACAUUGGGAAAAUAGAGGAUGAUUAUCCAUUUGAUAGCAGUUCUGUUGGGCCAUCCUCUGUGGCAUCAUCAUGUACAAAAGAUAGGCCCGGACCAAUUGAUAACACUGAUCUAGUUAUAAAUGAAGUAAAAGAUAAAGAUGAAGACCUGCAACUUCAUAGAACUCUGCAAGAAGGGCAUGAUUAUGAAUUAGUUCCGGAAGAAGUUUGGGAGAGGCUUCUGAAAUGGUAUAAAGGAGGGCCAGUAUUGAAGCGAAAGAUGAUCUCUGUUGGGGAACAACGUAAGCAAUUCAGUGUAGAGGUCUUCCCUGUACACCUCAGGUUAAUCGACUCUAGAGACCAGAGUGAGGCAGUUAUACGGUUAAGUAAAAAGGCUUCUCUACGUAGCCUUUAUGAAAAAGUCUGUCAACUCAAAGGGUUGGAUCCAGAAAAGAUUUGCAUCUGGGACUACUUCAACAAGAAGCAGGGAACUAUAUUAGUUUCUUGUAGCCAAACUCUGGAGGAGUCUAAUGUACUGAUGGAUCAAGAAAUUCUUCUUAAGGUACCGGUUGAUGGUGUUACCAGGGACUCAACUGGAAAAAGCUUAGCAAUGGUUCCAGUAGAAUCUACAGGAUCAACUUCUUCCAUUGCUGGUGGGCCAUCUAUGUCUAAUGGGCAUUCAACUAGUUAUAACUCCAACACACAUGAGCAAAUUACUUCAACAUAUGGGGAUAUGGAGGAUGGACAUGAUGGUUUAAAGCCUGAAGCUGGAGGAGAUAGAGGUCUAGCAGGAUUGCAAAAUUUGGGCAACACUUGCUUUAUGAAUAGUGCGCUUCAGUGUUUGGUUCAUACACCAUAUCUUGUCGAUUACUUCGUUCAAGAUUACAGCAGUGAGAUCAAUAAACAAAAUCCUUUGGGAAUGCGUGGAGAGCUCGCACUUGCAUUUGGUGAAUUGUUGAGGAGACUCUGGUCUUCUGGUCGAACUCCAGUUGCACCUCGUGUAUUUAAGGGGAAACUAGCCCGUUUUGCUCCCCAGUUCAGUGGUUAUAAUCAGCAUGAUUCACAGGAGCUCCUUGCUUUUUUGCUGGAUGGGCUGCAUGAAGACCUAAAUCGUGUUAAGCAGAAACCUUAUAUCGAGGCUAAGGAUUAUGAUGGCCAGCCAGAUGAGGAAGUUGCUGAUGAGUUUUGGAAAUAUCACAAGGCCCGGAAUGAUUCAGUAAUUGUAGAUAUAUGUCAGGGCCAAUACAAAUCAACGCUGGUUUGCCCAGUUUGUGACAAGAUAUCUAUAACAUUUGAUCCUUUCAUGUACCUAUCAUUGCCUCUUCCGUCAAUAGCUACUCGAUCUAUGACUGUAACGGUGAUCUAUGGUGAUGGUAGUAGCCUUCCUAUGCCAUUCACUGUUAAUGUUCUGAAGGAAGGAAACUGCAAAGAUCUUAUCCAGGCGUUAGGUAUUGCAUGCGGCGUACAUAGUGAUGAAUACUUGCUCCUUGCCGAGGUCUUUGAAAAUCGGAUAUAUCGGUACUUGGAAAGUCCAUCAGAACCAUUGGCUGGAAUUAAAGAUGAUGAGCACAUAGUUGCCUACAGACUUCCAAAGAGGGAUGCUGAUUUGACGAGAUUAGAGAUACAUCACCGAUACCAGGACAAUGACAGGAAGCUGUUCUUGACGCCAUUCGUGACGGACUUGGAAGAUCCACAAUCCGGAGCAGAUAUUUAUCUUGCAGUUGAAAGAUUGCUUUCUCCUUUGAGAAGAAAAGAAUUUUAUACUUCAACAAGUAUGGACUAUAGCAGAGAAAAUGGCUCCUUCUCCGGUAACACAUGCACCGACCAAUUAGGACCAGAAAUUCAAUCAACAGGGGAGAUAGAGGGGGAGGGAAUGCCCAGUAAGGACUUCACAUUUCAGCUUUGCAUCACUGAAGAUAAUUGUUUGGCAAAAUUAUCUUCACAUUUCAGCUGGAGGCCUAUAAUGAAGAAUACACCCAUAAGACCUAGUCGUUUGGCAAAAUUCUUAGUUGAAUGGACUGAAAAAGAACAUGAGAUUUAUAGUGCUAGCUAUCUACAGGUUCUUCCUGAGGUACACAAAUCUCAAAUUUUCGCGAACAAAAGCAAGCAGCAAGAGGCUGUCUCUCUAUUUUCUUGCUUAGAUGCAUUUCUGAAAGAGGAACCUCUAGGUCCUGAUGAUAUGUGGUAUUGCCCUCAAUGCAAGGAACAUAGACAAGCUAGCAAAAAAUUGGAUUUGUGGAGAUUGCCGGAUAUACUCGUCAUUCACUUGAAACGGUUCUCGUAUAGUAAAUGGAUGAAAAACAAACUUGACACGACUGUUGAUUUUCCCAUCCACAAUCUUGAUGUAAGCAAAUAUGUGAAGAGUAACGAUGGGAGACAUGUGUAUAAACUAUAUGCUAUUAGCAACCACUAUGGUGGCCUUGGUGGUGGACAUUAUUCUGCUUACUGCAAGUUAAUUGAUGGGGAAAACAAGUGGUAUCAUUUUGAUGAUUCUCAUGUGUCACCAGUGAGUGAGUCUGAGAUCAAGACAUCUGCAGCUUACUUAUUGUUCUAUGAGCGAGUUAAACAUAAUUCCAACGGAACAUCUGAUGAGCCAUCAGAGCAUCUUUCACCUUCUUGAUGUGUGGCUGAUGCUCUUUUGCUCUAGAAGGUUAUCAUGCUACCUGGUUGAGAAAGCAAACCCGCGCUGGAGUUGACAGUGGGCAAAGGUACUUUUAGGCGUGCUAACGGCAAAUGUGUGUGAAAAUAGAACAGCAGUGCAAUCCAGGUAACAUGUUAUGCUGAAAAGCACAAGAGAUGGGGACCGUGAAACAAGAAAGGCAUAUGAUACUAGUAUUUGCAAGGGAUUCAAAUUUUGUAGGCAAGUUGUGGAUGAGGCAAGGUAGUUGAUCUAAUCUGGAUAUAUCUUGUCUGAAGUCAUUCCUUGGAUGCAGUGAUGAUUUAGUACUUACUUUAGUUUUACUAAAUGAAAUGUGAUUAAGUUCUGGCUUGCUUUUAGGUGUGAGGUGUGCUAGAAAAGAUGUGCUCCAUCCAUGACUUUCUAUUCUUUUGAAAUAAAACGCCUACCAAAUCUGAGAAAA